AAACUCCAGCUCGGCGCUCCCGAAGCGGAAGCCAGUGGAAGAGGGCCUGGACUGCGGGCCGGAGCGGGCCAGGGCCGGGGCCAGGGCGGGGGCGGAGGCGGCGAGUUCGCGCUGACUGGGCUGCGGGGAGAGCCGCCCGGCUCCUGGCGGAGGAGUUCGUGGUGGCAAGAUUUGAGGGUUAAACAGCUUCUUCCAGGGAAGAAGGCCAGUGCAGCUGCUGCUGCAGCCCAGGAUUUUGAUCCACAUCCGUAGAUUGGAAUAUUGGUGGGCCAGCCAUCCUCAGACACUUCUCUGAGGACAGGUGAGAAAUGUUCUUUCGUAUUUGCUUCAUGGAUCUGGCAUUUGAGCUGCGUCCUGAAGAUUGAGUAGGAUUUUAGAUGAGGAAACUGAGGCUUGGUGAAGUUACGAAACUUGUCCAAGGUCACACAGCUUGUAAAGGGCACAGUCAAGAUUCAGAGCCAGUGCUAUCUUUGCAACUUAACCCUGUGAGAUGAGAGUCUCUGAAAAAAUAAGUUUAGCUGAUCUAAGGAAAUUUGGCAACUAUCUUAAGUGUCAAGGUCAAGUUUCCUGAGUGUGUCUUGUCUAUUUCCAAUGUAUAUCAAGUGGAUGAUUUUUCACAGAUAUGUAAAGAUUAGAGGAAAUUCUUUUGUUAGACCAGUUUCUUGUUUGGAGUGGAUAAAAUAUAAUUCCCAGAAUCCUUAAACCGAAUUUUUAAAAACUUGUAAUAAUUAAAAUGAAUAAACUACGGCAAAGUUUUAGGAGAAAGAAAGAUGUUUAUGUUCCAGAGGCCAGUCGUCCACAUCAGUGGCAGACGGAUGAAGAAGGGGUUCGUACUGGAAAGUGUAGUUUCCCAGUUAAGUACCUUGGGCAUGUAGAAGUUGAUGAAUCAAGAGGAAUGCACAUCUGUGAAGAUGCUGUGAAAAGAUUGAAAGCUGAAAGGAAGUUCUUCAAAGGCUUCUUUGGAAAAACUGGAAAGAAAGCAGUUAAGGCAGUCCUGUGGGUAUCGGCAGAUGGACUCAGAGUUGUGGAUGAAAAAACUAAGGACCUCAUAGUUGACCAGACAAUAGAAAAAGUUUCUUUCUGUGCUCCGGAUAGGAACUUUGAUAGGGCCUUCUCUUACAUAUGUCGUGAUGGCACAACUCGGCGCUGGAUCUGUCACUGCUUUAUGGCUGUCAAGGACACGGGUGAAAGACUGAGCCAUGCGGUAGGCUGUGCUUUUGCAGCCUGUUUAGAACGUAAGCAGAAGCGGGAGAAGGAAUGUGGAGUGACUGCUACUUUUGAUGCCAGUCGGACCACUUUCACAAGAGAAGGAUCAUUCCGUGUCACAACAGCCACUGAGCAAGCAGAAAGAGAAGAGAUUAUGAAACAAAUGCAAGAUGCCAAGAAAGCUGAAACAGAUAAGACAGUUGUUGGUUCAUCAGUGGCCCCUGGCAACACUGCCCUAUCCCCAUCCUCUCCCACCUCUCCCACUUCGGAUGCCACUGCCUCUCUGGAGAUGAACAAUCCUCACGCCAUCCCACGCCGGCACGCACCAAUUGAACAACUUGCUCGCCAAGGCUCUUUCCGAGGAUUUCCUGCUCUUAGUCAGAAGAUGUCACCCUUUAAACGCCAACUCUCCCUGCGCAUCAACGAGUUGCCUUCUACUAUGCAGAGGAAGACUGAUUUCCCCAUUAAAAAUGCAGUACCAGAGGCGGAAGGGGAAGCGGAGAGUAUCAGCUCCCUGUGCUCACAGAUCACCAGUGCCUUCAGCACACCCUCCGAGGAUCCCUUUUCAUCCGCCCCAAUGACCAAACCAGUGACAGUGGUGGCACCACAGUCUCCUGCCUUUCAAGCUAAUGGCACUGACUCAGCCUUCCAUGUGCUUGCUGCUAAGCCAGCCCAUACUGCUCUAGCACCCGUAGCAAUGCCUGUGCGUGAAACCAACCCUUGGGCCUAUGCCCCUGAUGCUGCUAACAAGGGAGUUGCAGCCACACAUUCGGGGACCGAAUGGGGUCAAUCUUCUGGUGCUGUCUCUCCAGGUCUCUUCCAGGCUGGUCACAGACGCACUCCUUCUGAGGCCGACCGCUGGUUGGAAGAGGUGUCCAAGAGCGUCCGGGCUCAGCAGCCCCAGGCCUCAGCUGCCCCCCUGCAGCCGGUUCUCCAGCCUCCUCCACCCACUGCCAUCUCCCAGCCAGCGCCACCUUUCCAAGGAAAUGCAUUCCUCACCUCUCAGCCCACGCCAGUGGCUGUGGUCCCAGCCCUGCAGCCUGCCUUUGUCCCUGCCCAGUCCUAUCCUGUGGCCAACGGGAUGACCUACCCAGCCCCUAAUGUGCCUGUGGUGGGUAUCACUCCCUCCCAGAUGGUCGCCAACGUAUUUGGCACUGCAGGCCACCCACAGGCUGCCCAACCCCAUCAGUCUCCCAGCCUGGUCAAGCAGCAGACAUUCCCUCAGUACGAGACAACUAGUGCUACUUCCAGUCCCUUCUUUAAGCCUCCUGCUCAGCACCUCAACGGUUCUGCAGCUUUCAAUGGUGUAGACGAUGGCAGGUUGGCCUCAGGAGACAAGCACAUAGAGGUUCCGGCAGGCGCCUGCCCGGUGGAUCCUUUCGAAGCCCAGUGGGCUGCGUUAGAAAGCAAGUCCAAGCAGCGUACUAACCCUUCCCCCACCAACCCUUUCUCCAGUGACUUACAGAAGACUUUUGAAAUUGAACUUUAAACAGUCCUUAUAGCUUAUGUAUUUUGUCUGUACUUAGGCGAGGGCAGGGGUAGAGGUCAGAGGAGCAAAGGGGACUUGUGUUCCCAACCAGUACACUUUUCACGAAUCCCAAAGGUCCCCAGGAGCAUGUCCAGGCAUACAGUGCUGAGAGGGGGUGAUUGAAAAAAGUGGAGAAAACCAUUCCUAGAGAAGAGCUGUCCUGCAGUUAGACUAAAGAAGUCAAGGAAAUGUUAUCCUCUGUCCCCCUCCUCCCUCAGCCCCUUACAAAUCUCUGGCAACAGAGAGGCGGAAGUAUCUGAACAGGAGUCUACAUUCAAAGCACAUUUACUGGAAUAUAAAACACAACAGGAAGCAAAAUGAUCUCCCUUUGUUUUUCAGGCCGUUCACCUGCCUCCUCUCUCAGUACUGGCCUGUCUUAAAGGUCAGGAGCAGGGUGGCCUGUGCUUGGGCUGGGGAUGAGAGGCAGGCCGUGCUGCCGGAAUUCCCAGGAGGGCACAUCAGGAGCUGCCCAGCAGAGCUAUAUUUUAGGGGGAAAGUUGAGCUUCCAUUUUGAUUAAGAAUAAAUAUUAUAAAUAUAUAUCAAAAAGCCAAAAUCUUUAUUUUUAUGCAUUUAGAAUAUUUUAAAUAGUUCUCACUAUUAAAAAGUUGUAUGAGUUGUAAGUAAUCUUGCCAAAGGUAAAAGGGUUAGCUGUAAGAAACUGUACAUAAGAUUGAUUUAUCAUUAUGCCUAUUGAAGUAAAGAGAGGAAGGGUUGGAAGUGGCAGAGCGGAUCCCUAGCUUAGUGGUAUCAUUCACUGGAAGUAGCACGUUGCAGCAGCAGUCAUGCUUGUUGACCAGUGCAGUCAGCUAGGCUGUAGUUUUAAAUAAAGAGCAAGCAGUAUUGUCCUGGUUUUGAACCUGUAA